AAUCCACAUUCGUUACUGCCUUCAACCAUUGACAUCCCUACUGCGUAAGGCGGGCCGUCACACAUAGCAACAACGGCAAGGCCCUCGCACGCUACGUCGAGCGGUGCCGCUAUGGCUCGCAGGGGAACAUUUUGUCAAUGCAUCACCAAAAACCCUCAGAAAGCCGCGAAUGAACCAGGAUUUACGAUUAUGACGAGCCCAGCGCCAUCGUUCCCUCCGAGAGGAACAACAGACUGAGCCGCACACGUGUCGGGCUAAAGACAGAGGAGUAUCAAUACGCCAGACCAGCCGGUAUCUUGGGGUGCAUGACGCGCAUGCCUAGGCGGCCAAGUCUAGAAUACGACUACGGCGACAAAAUAAUCGCCUCGACGCCAACGAUUUCUCCGCAUAAAGAGAGCAGCAGUCCAGAAGGAGUCUCUGGCAGCAACAUACCCGCCGUCACUACCGCUACCCAAGAACAGACAUUAUAUCGGUACGACGCGACAGGUAAACGGGUCCACAAGGUGACGGAGCGCAUCGCGCCUGAUGGGCGGUCAUUUCUCUUGAAAGAAACUGUCUACAUCGGCGGCACAUUCGAGGUGCUGCGGCGGCUUGACAGCAGCGGCGAGGCCAGUUUGGAGAUGCACAGUCUCAGCAUCGCCGAGUCUGGACGGCGCCUGCUGCUCAUCGAUCACCGCGUCGUUGGGUCGUCGUCACACCACCGCGCACCAGCCACUGUUUACCGCCACCAGCUCUUGAACCACCAGGGCUCGACGGAAACCGAACCGAGGGAGGCACCUAAGCGCUACCGGUUCUUGGGAAAAGAACUCGGUGACUCGACGGGCUUCUAUCACCUCGGGACCUGGCACUACGCGGCGUGGCUGGGGCGGUUCACGACGGCGGACCCGCUUGGUCAUGGCGACGGGCUCAACGUGUAUCAAUAUGCGCAGUCCAACCCCGUCAUACUAAUAGACCCAGGGGGUACGGCAGUGAAACUAGGGCAAGGACUAGCGGCCGAUACCGGGUUCACCGAGACAGUCUUGCGGGCGAGACUCCAGGCAGUGACCAUCAACAGCACCACCUGCAAUUCCAACUGCCAGGCCCUCGCCAAAACGGGCAUCGAAUACGAAAUCUCGGCUCGCGCAGAUCUCUUCAAGAUCGAAUACGCCACGGACCUGUCUAACUACCUGGUCCCAAACAGCCUGACCAUGUCUCGCAUCAUGUACACGACGACGGACCUGAACGGCACCAUCCUGCCCGUUUCGGCUUCCCCCCUGGUCGCCUGGGCCCACGGCACGACCAGCAACUUCGCCGCCUGCGGCCGGUCCAACUACAAGGCGCUGCAGUACCACUUCAUGGUGCCCUACGGCAUCGCCGAGCAGGGCAUCGCCAUGAAGCACUUCCCCGUCAUCCUGGCCAGCCAGUCGCUCUGGAUGGACUGGAUCAAGUACCGCCUUCUGGGGAGUGCCAGGUCGAAGAAGGACACUGCUUUGGGCAAAGGGCCGAACCGUUCGCAGCAGUCAGUGAACGAGUUCAGGACGGACCUUGUGGCGCAUGGGCAGAAUGCCAUUUUCCCGAACUGGCUAGUCACGGGUGUCGGGGGCGUGGAUGUUGCGCUGCUUUGA